AUGCCUCUUUCUGACGAUCCCAAGACCAACGAGUCCGCCAAGGACAUCCUCGGCGUCUUCAAGGACCUCGCCGGCGGGCCCAAACCAGGCUUCCGGCCAGCUCACGCCAAGGGCCUGCUGGUGCAGGGCACGUUUGUCCCGACGCCCGCCGCCGCGUCUCUGUCGCGUGCACCGCACUUUACCAACGCCGCCGGCACGCCCGUGCUGGUGCGCUUCUCCUCGUCGUCGGGCCACCCGACGCUGCCCGACUCCGACCCCAACGGCAACCCCCGCGCCAUUGCCCUGCGCUUUGUGCUCGCCGAAACGCCCCGCCGCAAACACACGGACAUCAUCGGCCACAGCGUGCCCUUUUUCCCCGCCGCGACGCCCGACGAGGCGCUCGCCUUUUUCCGUGCCGUCAAGGGCGCCGGCACCGACCCCGACACGCUGACCAAGCACAUUGCCGCGCACCCGGCCGCCCAGGCGUUUCUGGCCGCGCCCAAGCCGACGCCCACGGCCUUUGCGCACGAGGCCUUCUACGCCCUCCAUGCUUUCAAGUUUACCAAUGCCGACGGCAAGGCGACGUACGUGCGCUACCGGAUCGUGCCGGUGGCGGGCCACAAGACGCUGGACGCCGACGCGGCCAAGGCGCAGCCGGCCGACUUUUUGUACGACGGUGUGCGGGCGCAGCUGGCGCAAGGCUCCGGCCACACGAUCGAGUACGACCUCGUGGCCCAGGUCGCCCAGGACGGCGAUGUGACCGACGACAGCUCGGUGCACUGGCCCGAGGAGGGGCCCGACGCGCGCCAGCUCGUCACCCUGGGCCGCGUGACCCUGGACCGGCUGUACGGCGGCGGCGGCGGCGGCGACGAGGCGGCGGAGCAAAAGUACUUGAUUUUCGACCCGGUGCCGCGCGUGGACGGCGUCGAGGCGUCGGCGGACCCGUUGAUUGACUUGCGGGCGGCCGUGUACAUUAUCAGCGGCAAGGAGCGUCGGGCGGCGUAG